GCCUGAAAAGACACUUGCACUGAUAAGAGACGCUUCGUGAUUGUGUUAGCGAAUUUCAGUUGCAAUUGUUCUAUAGAAAUGACGUCAGCAUUAUGGCUUAUUUCAAGAAUUAAAGAAAAAAAUAGGUUAACUUGUUCGGAUGAAAAGAAAAUCUCACAGAACAAAGGUCUUUAUUUUAUGGCGUGAACCCAUUUUUGGAAAUGAAUCGCAAUGACUUAGAUAAAAUAUUCCAAUUAUAAAUGUUUUGUCUACAUUUUACCCAAGAACAUCGGAUAUGGAAAUAUGAAAUUCACAACCUGUUGAGAUCGAGUCGUAAAGGAAAUCCAAAGUACUCUAUAUUAAAAUAAGUGUUUUAAACCAAUGAAAACGGGUGUUUAGUUGGAUAUUUCGUUGGUCAGAAACAUUUCAGGAUUCACAAGCAAGUAAAAUUAUAACCUAUAAAGCAUUCUGUAGUUCAGAAUAGUUGAUCAUUUUCUACUUCCGGUUUUCUCUCUUAUGUCCUCGAACUUUGAUAGAUAACCAUUGGAGGUCAUUUUAGAUAGAUGUAAACAAUAUAUAUAACUACCUGAUAUAGACAAAUGCUCCAGGCAGUUCCGGCUCUACAUUCUUUCCAGUAAUGCUACAAACAUAUGAGCGACCUGACUGAAAUCUUUCAACGGACUUGUUUGAGUGUGUGAAAGUGUAUCCAUUGCAACAUUAUGGAGUCUUCACAAAAACAUUGGGUUCAAGAACUAUUUCCCCCUGCAUUCCAGUAUUCUGAAGAUGAUUUCAGUCUAAUAUGUAACCCAAAGUACACAUCAAGAAUCUCUAGCAAAAGCCCAGGAAUUACUCCAAAUGAAAUUAAAGACAUCUAUCAGAAAGUAGCUGAAAUAAAUCUUGCAAAGAAAAUAGCUGAAGAGAAAAAAGCAGCUGACAUUAAGCAACGAGAAAAUGAUAUGGAAUACUUGUUUGGUGGAAAGAAUUUGGAACCAAAAGCAAAAAUAUCUGGAAAAAGGGUUGUUUGGACAUCAGAUGAACUUAGCAUAUUAAGGAGUGAACAGGAAAGUGUCAAGAAAGAAAAUACAGAAAUGAAAGUCAGAUUACAAAAGCAGGAAACUUAUAUUAAACAGCUAGAAGGGAAGGCUACUGUCCUUACAACGAUAUCAAAUGAAGCUCUAGAAAAUAUAUCAAACUUGAAAAAAGUGAAUGAACAACAGCAUAUAUAUAUUACAUCUCUAAAGACAGAACUGAAGUCAGCAAAUUCAACUAUAGAGUGUUUAUACAAAAUUAACAGUGAACUAUCAGAAGAAUGGGAGAAACUCUUGAAGAAGUCUUCUGAGUUGAAAGUAUUAUUAAAUAAAAAACAAAAUGAAUAUGAAAAAAUUGUUAAACAGUUGGAGAAUACCAAAUUAGAUUUAUCAAAAAAACUGGAAUUAAAUAUUGAAAAAUUAAAAGCUACAUACAAAAGUAAGUUGGAAUUAUUAAGUGAUCAACUGAAUAAUUAUCAAAGUAAAUAUCUUUCUGAACAUCAACAACAUAGUGUCUCUAAAAAAGAAUUGCAAAAUCUUGUGCAGCAUUUCCUCAAGCUAUCUUCAAAUUCUGAUCAAGUUCCACCAGACCAAGUACAACGUUUUCACUAUGCUUUAUGAUUUGGUUUUCUAAGCUGUGUGAUAAAGAAAUUCACUUUGAAAUUA